GAGAACUACCUCGCUCGUGACCCCGUCGCUCGUGACCCCGUCGCUCGUGACCCCGUCGCCAGAGGCUUCUGCGCCGAGUGUCGAGGGCUCCACCGGGCCCCAAGCCGCUGCCCCGUCGUCACCGCCACCGUGGGCAAGCCGCCGGUGCUCGGCAUCAUGAGCUGCGUGGAGAGGGACCUGCUGGACCUCGUGUUGCGCACGGGCUACAACGUCGUGCAGGAGAACGGACAGAGGAAGCUGGGACCGCCGCCCGACUGGCAGGGCCCCCCUCCCGCCCGCGGCUGCGAGGUGUUCCUGGCCAGGAUCCCGCGCGACCUGUACGAGGACGAGCUGGUGCCCGUGCUGGAGGCGGUGGGGAAGCUGUACCAGCUGCGCCUCAUGAUGACGUACCACGGAGAGAACCGCGGCUACGGGUUCGCCACCUUCGCGACGCGCUCCCAAGCCGCGGACGCCGUCAGGAGACUCCACGACUUGGAGAUCCGUCCCGGGCACCGCAUCACGGUUCGCGUGAGCGUCGACAACCGCCGCCUCUUCGUCGGGGGGCUGCCGAAGGACAAGACGCGGGCGCAGGUGAUGGCGGCGAUGAGCGGCGUCACGGAGGGCGUCGUGGACGUCAAGACGCGCUUCUGUCGCUACGACAGAAGCCCCGACCGAGGCUACGCGCUCGUCGAAUACGAGAGCCAUCGCGCGGCCGUCCUUGCACGGAAGAAGCUGCUUCAAAUUCCUUUCCAGCUCUGGGGCCGCACCGUCAAGUUGGACUGGGCCAUCCCGGAGGUGGACACGGCGGCGGCGGCGGCCGCGGAGGUGGCGGUGGCGGUGCCGGAGUGCACCGGCGCCGACAAGGCCUUGCGCAGCAGCCUGUUUGUGGGCUGGGCGGCGCUCACGCGGCUGCGACGGGCACCUCACCACCCGCAUCCCGUGCCCAUCGGUCUCGAGGCGCUGCCGGAGGCGGCCAUCUUGUCGUGGGAGACACGUCUGCAGCUGCUGCUACGGAGCUUCGGCGUCGGCUGGGCGACCUUCCAGCUGCACGCGCACGUGGAGCCGGGCGAGCCCCUGGGCCUCCUCUACAAGGUCUUCAUUCCCGGGAUGAUGCGGGAAGGCGGCGGCUUCUUCCCCGCGGUCCUGAGCUCCAGCGUGGAGGGAGCGCGCGAAGUUGCGAGCGAGCUCCUCUACGAAAUCAUCAGCGAUGCGAACCCGCCGAGGGUGGGGGGCCCGGCCCCCGUCGCGACGUCGCCUCCCGGCCGCCCCGUCCAGAACCUCUCGGCGUAUCCGUAG